CUUGCUUUCGUCACUCAGUUAAAUCUGUUUUGGUGGCCGUAUGGACUAGUUUGAAUAACUAAAAAUUGUUAUGAGGUUUAUUGCUGUCCUAUUUCUGCUGAUCACCGCAGAAUCUGCGGUAUUAGCAGAACCUCUUCUACCGGCGCCGUCGGGAAGCGGGGAUACAUUUCCCGCUGGCGAUCCACGGAGAUGCACAGUAAGCAAGAACGACCAGAUUCUGAGGUUUGAAGUUAUUCCCGGCGGCGGAUGGGAUAAUCUUCGUAAUCGAGACAUGGGGAUGAUAGCAAAGUUAAACUACUCUCAGUGCAGGACCACCAACGAUGGAAAAUUUCUUGUUCCCGACGGCAUUUUGACAAUACCGAUAAAAAGUAGCAAAGUGGAAACGUACGCUGAGUUAAUUACACAUUGGGAUAAUUUCACCAGCACGCUUUCAAGGUCCGUCAACGUGCACGCCGGACUACAUCUUACACAUGUAGGGAUAAGCGGGAAGUUUUCCGACGAAUACGAGAGUGUGAAGUCCCAACAACAUUUCGACAAGUCUAUGACGACGCGUGUUCAGGCCCGCUAUGUUCAGUAUACAGCUAAGCUUGAACCCGACACCGCGAUCAACGAUGCAUUCAGGGCACGUUUGCGCAGGAUAGCCGCUCAUUUGACGUUGAACCGUACAGAUCUCGCUCGUUACGAGAGUCAGCUUCUUGUACGAGAUUUCGGAACACACGUGAUUACCAGCAUAGAUGUCGGAGCUGCUUUGGUUCAAGUCGAUGAGCUCACGGCAACAUUUGUUAGAAAGUACGAGUCCCAGAAACAACAAAUCCUUGCUUCGGCAAGUGCCAGCUUCUUUGGAAUUUUCGACUUCGGAGCCGGCUACUCUCAAACCACAUCUCAAACAAUGAUAGACGAAUACCGAAAAGAAAGAACUACAUCAAAGAUUAUAACAUUCGGUGGUCCCAUAUUUAGGCCGACAAAUUUUACAGCAAAUAAUUGGACUGAUUUCAUUCAUAACGAAAUGGUGGCUCUAGACAGAAGUGGAGAUCCAAUAUAUUUCCAAAUAAGUGAGGUCAGCCUUCCAGACGUACCGCAGUCAAUCGUCUUUGACGUCUACGAUUACGUCAAAGACGCCGUUCACCAAUACUACGAACACAACACCCAUAGAGGUUGCACGAAUGAAGACUCGCCGAACUUCAGUUUUCAAGCUAACGUCGAUGAUGGUACAUGCCUUCCUCCAAAAACAAAUUUUACGUUCGGAGGGGUUUAUCAAUCGUGUCAAGGAAGUGGAUACAUCGACCUGUGCAAUGGAAUGUCCCAAAAGAAUCCUCAGACUGGGGGUUAUAGCUGCCCAGAUGGUUAUGAGUCCGUUCCGCUCCAGCAAGGCACAAAAUCAUCUUCCCGAAGCAGACGAUCAUGCCAUAGUUGUUGGUUAUUCUUUCAUUGUUGUAAUUCAGUUACGGAUACAGCCUACGCGAGCUUUUCUGCGUACUGGUGCGCAGCGACCGGGAAAGUAAAAGCCGACAGUGGAUUCCUCUUCGGAGGGCUAUAUACUCCGACCAUGGCGAACGUCUUGACCCAGAGCCAGAGCUGUCCACCAGAAUUCUAUCCUCUAAAACUUCUUGCCUCUCUAACAGUUUGUGUAAGUGACGACUACGAACUAGGCUAUAGAUACUCACUCCCUUUUGCUGGCUUUUACAGCUGCAAAGCUGGUAAUCCUUUGGCGCUGAAGGAAAAGAACGAUUUUCUUAAAAGCAAUGGCAAAAGUAGCAUGAUGAUAGAAUUCAUGAUGGCGGAAGGUAUGACGUCAUAUCCGCAUUCAUGCCCAGAAGGCUACAGCCAACAUUUAGCCACCGUCGACAACGGAUGUAGUAUCAAUUACUGUAUAAAAACAGGAGCCCUCUCAGCACAAGGCAUUCCAAAGGUACAGAGGCCACCGUUUAUGGAAGCUCCUAGAGACGGCUUCACCAAGAUAGGUGAAGAUGCUAUUGUACUCAACAGUGAUGGAACGUUAUGGACAAACAUGGAAGAUGCAAGUGAAGCAGUACCAGCUUUCAUGGCCAGACAUGGGAUUACCACAUUUUCACCAACAGCUGAAUCACAUAAUAAAAAAGGCAACUCAGAAAACUCCGAGUCCGGUGGACUUUCAGGUGGCAGUAUUGCCGCCGUAUCCAUCUGCGCAACGCUUGCUUGUGUUUUGGCUGGGACGGUUAUAGUAAUAGUAGUAAAGCGCAGGCGCCGUGGGCCCUACCGAGAAACUGACAGAGAAACUGACCCAUGGGCUGGAGAGAGCAGGCGUAUUAACGCACGCUCUACCAAAGGUUACGGAAAAAUUGAGAAUACCACAACCGUCACGUCGCAAGCUUAAGCGUAUCAUGUCUAUGAGGAAAGCGUGUUUCUUCAUUCUAUUGAGCCUGACAUUUAUGAACAUAUGGAAAUUUCAUUAUUAGUAAGGUAUACCUUAGAUUAUAUUGCUAUUGUAUCACUCUGUUUGUUUUGUUUUCAAAUCCUGACUUUGAUUUGUAAAGAUAUAUUUUUAUACUGUACAGUACAAUAAUAAAGAAAUGGAGAGGUCA